AUGAAUGAAUAGGAUGAUGAAAUGCUUGUAGAAGAGAUUAUGUGUUGCUAAAAUGAUGAUGAUAUACGAAGCCUAGUUGAUUCUCAAUGCUUAGAUAUCAUUGGGAAUUCAUUGCAAGAUUAAUUAACAUUAGCACAUAAGCAGCUUUUUCGAGUGAUUAAACUAUUCAGAGAAUAUUUGGAUUCAAGUCGUAAUCAAUUUUGGGAUUAAAAAAAAAAGAGAGAACAAAAUUAAACUUUGUAAUAAGAUUUUUUGAUGAUUCAUCAUGAGUUAUAACUUGAGAAAAGUAGAGGGAAAUAGAUUGAGGAAGCGAAUAAUUAAUUGAGAUAACAAAUAAAAUUAUAUGAAGGAGAUUUUGAAACUAUUAGACAAUAAAGUUUUGAAGAUAUAAAAAAAGUGGAAGAUUAAUUAGUUAAAACAAAAAAUCAAAUUUCUCUUUACAAGAAUUCAUUGAUUUAAAAGUUUUGUGUGAUAUGUCUCUAAAAGGAAUACUGUAUCUUACUAAAACCCUGUGGACAUGUCUGUGUGUGUGAAGAGUGUUCAAAAAAAAUUGAUUAAUGUCCUAUUGAUAGAGUCAAAGUAAUAAAGAUGAAGAAAGUAUACUUAUCAUGA